AUCGGCAGAUUGGUUAUUGGGCAGAAUGGUAUCUUAUCCACACCUGCUGUUUCAUGUAUCAUCCGAAAGAUCAAAGCAGCUGGUGGCAUUAUUCUAACAGCUAGCCACAGUCCUGGGGGACCUGGAGGAGAGUUUGGAGUCAAGUUUGAGGUUGCCAAUGGAGGACCUGCUCCAGAUAUAGUUUCAGAUAAAAUCUAUCAAAUCAGCAAAACCUUGGAGGAAUAUGCCAUUUGUCCCGAUCUCAGAGUUGAUUUAUCACGCAUAGGAAGACAAGAAUUUGAUCUGGAGAACAAAUUCAAACCUUUCCGAGUGGAAAUUGUGGAUUCUGUGGAUAUCUACCUCAAUCUCCUUCGAACUAUCUUUGACUUCAACGCGAUCAGAAAUUUGCUGACUGGACCCAACCAGAUUAAAAUAAGGAUUGAUGCCAUGAAUGGAGUUAUGGGACCUUAUGUGAGAAGAAUCCUGUGUGAUGAAUUGGGAGCUCCUGCAAAUUCUGCCAUAAACUGUAUUCCUCUGGAGGAUUUUGGAGGACAGCCUCCUGAUCCCAAUUUAACAUAUGCAACUGCCUUGCUGGAGGCUAUGAGAGGUGGAGAGUAUGGAUUUGGAGCUGCUUUUGAUGCUGACGGAGACCGUUACAUGAUCCUUGGCCAAAAUGGUUUCUUUGUUAAUGCGUCAGAUUCAUUGGCUAUCAUUGCUGCCAAUCUGUCUUGUAUUCCAUACUUCUGUCAGAUGGGUGUCCGAGGAUUUGGUAGGAGCAUGCCUACCAGCACAGCCCUGGACAAAGUGGCAAAAGUAAUGAAGGUUCCUGUGUAUGAGACACCAACAGGAUGGAGAUAUUUUUCCAAUCUCAUGGACUCUGGACGUUGCUCACUUUGUGGAGAGGAGAGCUUUGGCACUG